UAAAGCGGCGGCCCCGGGCGGCGGCGCGGGCGGAGGAUGCUCCGCUCCACCAAAGGCGCCUCCAAGGCGCGGCGGGACCAGAUCAACGCGCAGAUCCGCGCCCUGCGCGACCUCCUCCCGCUGCCCGACGGGGACCGGCCGCGCCUCUCCUACCUGCACGUCAUGGCGCUCGCCUGCAUCUACACCCGCAAGGGAGCCUGCCUGCGGCCAGGCCCGAGCCGGGGGGCGCCCCUGGAGCUGCUGGGGGGACCGGAGCUCGCCGACCUGGUGGCCUCGCUGCCCGGUUUCCUGCUGGCCGUGACCCGCGAGGGGAAGCUGGUCGGGGUCACCGACAACGUGGCGCAGCACUUGGGCCACUCCAUGGUGGACCUGGUGGCACAAGGGGACAGCAUCUACGACCUGCUGGACCCCGCGGACCACCCCCUGGUGCGGCACCAGCUGAGCCUGCCCGGGCCCCCCCAGGCAGAGCGCCUCUUCCGCUGCCGCUUCACCACUUCGCGCGCCUCUCGCCGCCCCAGCGCCGGCCGCAAACUGGUGCUGCUGCGGGGGCGCUUCCAGGAGCCCCCCGGGCCCCCCGGCGCCGCCCCCGCGCUCUUCGUGGCGUUCUGCGCCCCCCUGGACCCCCCGCCCUGGCCCUGCCCCGACUGCCUCCUGCUGCCCACCUUCCAGAGCCGCCACGCCCGCGACCUCGCCCUGCUCGACAUCUCGGACAGUGUCCUGGUGCACCUGGGCUACGGCCGGGCCGAGCUGCUGGGCCGCUCCUGGUACCGCCUGCUGCACCCCGAGGACCUCGGCCACGUCGCCCGCCAGCACCUGCGCCUCGCGGGCGCGGGGCCGGAGGCGCGGGCCGAGCUGGUGACGCGGCUGCAGCGCAAGGACGGUCUGGGCUGGACGUGGGUCUACGCCCGCCUGCGGCCGGAGGGGCCGGCACUGCUCGCCCACAACUUCGUCAUCAGCGAGGCCGAGGCCUGGUGCCUGCGGCAGCAGCUGGCGGCCGAAGCCCCCCCGGGACCCCCGGAGCCGUUCGGGCCCGGCCUCGACUUUCCCAGCAGCGACCUCGGCCUGGACCUCGGCCUGGGCGACGACGUCGGAGCCAUCGGCCUGGCGGUCAGCGUGGGACACGGCCCUGCGGCCACCACUGACCACAGCUUGGCGGUCAGCGUGGGACACGGCCCUGCGGCCACCGCUGACCACAGCCUGGCAGUCAGCAUGGGACACGGCCUCGGACACGGCCCUGCGGCCACCGCUGACCCCGGCCUUGGGGCCACCAUUGGCCACGGCCUCGGAGCUGCCCUGGGCAGUGGCGUGGAGCCCGGCCUGGGGGCCGGCAUCGGACACGGCCUCGGACAUGGCGCUGCGGCCACCGCUGACCACGGCCUUGGGCCUGGCCUCGGACACGGCCUGGGAGCCAACGCUGCGGCCACUGUGGACCCUGGACUUGGGGCUGCCAUCGGACACGGCCUUGGGGCCACCACUGCGGCCACCGCUGACCCCGGCCUUGGGACCGGCAUCGGACACGGCCUCGGACACGGCGCUGCGGCCACCGCUGACCACGGCCUCGGGGCCGUCAUUGGACAUGGCCUUGGGGCCACCACUGCGGCCACCGCUGACCCCGGCCUUGCCCCGAACGUCGGCCAUGGCCUCGGCCCGGACACCGGCAUCGGCCUCGGCGUGGGAGGCGCCGUCAGAGUGGACAUGGGCCUGGGCGUGGCGGCCGGAGCCGACAUGGGGCCUGCCCUGGGGACUGACCUCGGGGAGGACGGCGCGGCCGGAGUGACCGCCAGCAUCGGGGCGGGCGUGGCCCUCAGCCUCGGGACUGACCUCAGGGCUGGCGUGGGGCUGGGCCUCGCGCUGCCGCCGGACAUCGGAGUGACCACCGGGGCCGGGGCCGGACUCGGCCUGGCAGCUGCCCUGGGAGCCAACGCGGGAUCGACUCUCCCGUCCGGCACUGGCCUCGGACAGAACUCUGGCCUCGGACAGAACCCCGGCCUCGGACAGAACCCCGGCCUCGGACACAACCCUGGCCUCGGACAGAACCCCGGCCUUGGACAGAACCCCGGCCUCGGACACAACCCUGGCCUCGGACAGAACCCCGGCCUCGGACAGAACCCCGGCCUCGGACAGAACCCCGGCCUCGGACACAACCCUGGCCUCGGACACAGCUCCAGUCUUGGACACAACCCCGGCCUUGGACACAACAUUGACCUUGAAAAUAGCCCUGGGCUUGGACACAAUGUUGGACUUGGACACAACUCUGGCCUCGGACACAACUCUGGCCUCGGACACAACCCCGGGCUCGGACACAACCCCGGCCUGGCCGUCGGCCUGGCGGUCGGAGCGUCCCUGGGGCCAGAGCUGGACAUCGGCCUGGCCGUGGGUGCUGCUCUCCGGCCGGACGUCGGCCCCGUGGCCGGGCUGGGCCUGGGCUCCGGCUCCGGCCCGGCCCGGCCGGACAUCGGCACUGACCCCUCACCGGCCGGGCCCGCGCUCGGCCUAGGCCUGGGCCUGGGCUCUGGCUCCGGCCUGGCCCGGCCGGACAUCGGCGCUGACCCGUCGCCGGCCGGGCCUGCGCUCGGCCUAGGCCUGGGCCUGGGCCUGGGCCUGGGCGCCGCCAUGGCCGCACCGCGCCCCCCGCUCGGGCUGGGCCGCCUGGGGCUGGGGGUCCCUGAGGGCCCCGCGGGCGGCACCGAGACCUGGACCCCCCCCUACACCCCCCGUCAGGCGCCGCCGUUCGCCUUCGGGCCCCCCGAGCCCCCCGAGGCCGAGAAGCUGCCGCCGAGCCCCGAGAGCCCGGGCGGGGUGCCGGGGGGUCCCCCCGCGGCCCUGCUGACCCCCGAGACGUCGCCGCCGCCGCCCGCACCUCCGGCCGCGCCCGCGCUGCGCCGGCUGCUGCUGCGGGGGCUGGCGGCCAUCGCCGCCCGCGGCCGCCCCCGCGGACCCCCGGGCAACGACCCCCCGCCCCGGCCGCCCCCGCCCCGGUCGCCCCGCGACCCCUUCCAUGAGUUGUAUCAACUCCCCCAGAGCCGCCUCCAGGACGCCUUCCGCAAAGCCGGAAGCCAGCGCGCCCCGUCGUUCUGAACUAAGUCUGUGACGCGACUUGCCCCCAGUAUGGCAUAUUGUCAUUGUCACCCCGGCCCGGCCAGCGCCCCCCGGCCCGGCCGCCCCCGCCGCCGCCCCCCGGGGCCGCUCGUGCUAAUUUAACUCGUAACGAGUCUCUAAGGUAAUUGGGGGGGGGCUGGUGGCCCCCCCCUCCCCCAGCCCGGACGCCUGGGGACCGUCCCUCGUGUCCCCUCGUCCCCCCACACACACCUUGUCCCCUCCCCCCGCGCCAGGACCCGUCGCCAAAAAUAUUUUGGGUCGCUGGGAUGGGGGCUGGGACCCCACUGUCCCCUCCCCCAGCCCGGAGUGUCCCUGUCCCCUUUGUCACCCCCCUGGUCCGUCACCUCCCCCCAGCCCCGCCCCCACCUCGGGCUCUGCGUUUUUGGCAGAGUUCCCCCCCCCCCCCAAAAAAAAAACCUGUGUCCCCUUCCCCCACCCGUGGGUGCCACCCUCAAUGUCCCCAACGCGGGGGACGGAGGCACGAUGUGGCUUGAUGUACCCAAAGUCCCCAUGAUGUCCCCAAGGAUGUCCCCAGUGAUGUCCCCAAAGUCCCAAUGAUGUCCCCAAAGUCCCCAGGGAUGUCCCCAAUGAUGUCCUUAAAGUCCCCAAUGUCCCCAGUGAUGUCCCCAAGGAUGUCCCCGACACCCCCGAGCCCCCGGGGCUGAGGCACAAUGUGGCUCAGUGUCCCCAAUGUCCCCAACCCACCCACAGGGUGGGGAUGGGUCACGGCUCGGUGUCCCCAGUGUCCCCAAGCCCCUCCAAGGGACAUCCUGGCCUGAUGUCCCCAACGUCCCCAAUGUCCCCAACCUGAGGGGCUGAGACACACCAUGACUCGGAGCCCCUGAUGUCCCCAACGUCCCCAGUGUCCCCAACGUCCCCAGUGUCCCCACUGUCCCCAGUGACCCCAACGCCCCCAACGUCCCCAACACCCCCUCCCCAACACACGUCGCAGCGCGAUGUCCCCGAACCCACGCCACCGUCCCCAGCUCCGUGUCCCCAACGUCCCCGAGGGGACACGGGCACCUGGUCACCGCCUCGGCCGGACAGACGGACACGUGGCUCCAUGUCCCCGAUGUCCCCAAGGGACACGGGACCCGCUCGUCACCCGCAUCAAAGACUGACACACCCCGGUGUCCCCGGUGUCCCCAACCCCACGGACUGAGCCUGUCGCGACCCGGCGUCCCCAAUGUCCCCAAUGUCCCCGAUGUCCCCGAUGUCCCCGAUGUCCCCAACGGCCCCCGACGAUGUCCCCGUUGUCCCCCCUCGGCAAUAAAAACGUGUCCCCCGA